GACUACGAGUUUGGCUGGGACGAGGCUAGCAGCCAGAACGGCUACAGGAUGCUCAAGGGGGUUGACGUCAAACAGUACGCGGUGAGCAUCGACGGCUCCGAUCCGAAGUUUCCGAUCGCGAGGUGGCCAGGCGGCAUGCAGAAGCCGUGCGACAUGAUAUGUUUGCGGGGGCGGCCGAUCGGGCGGUCG